AUGUCUGACAGUCAAAAAUCUAAAUUGAAAAAUCAAAAGGAGAAAGGGACAAAACAGCGCAAAAGAUUAAGCACACAGAAAGAUGACAUUAUUUCUUGGGAUGAGUAUUUCAUGGGUAUUGCUUUUCUGUCAGCAAAAAGAAGCAAGUAUGAAGUGCGAAAGGUUGGAACAUGCAUAAUAAACAGCGAAAAAAGAAUCGUAACAACUGGAUACAAUGGUUUUAUUGACCCGGAGAGAAAAAAGAGCAAGCGGGAAAAUGAUCCAACAUUUUCAAAAAACAAGGCAGAGCAAAGUCUUUUUGUUUGUCAUGCUGAAAUGAAUGCUGUUAUAAAUAGACAUGGGACCAGUUUAAAAGACUGCAUCGUGUAUGUUACACUGUUUCCGUGUAAUGAAUGUGCCAAACUGCUGGCCCAAUCACGAAUAAGUAAAGUGAUUUAUUAUGCCAAUGACAAAGCUGAGACACCAAAAUACAAAGCAUCUGCAAAAAUUCUAAAAUUUGCCGGAAUAAAAUUACAGUAUUGGCGACGGGGAGGAGCUAUGAAAGUCCAAACAUCUUUUGCGUUGUUGGAGCUUAACCAGUUCACGGAUGUCCACGUUUUCCAAGUUGUAGUCAAUGGACAAGGAUACCGUCCUCGUCCUCCAGCGAAUCCAAUAUGUGCAUUACCUCGUGAUCCCGGUCCCUGCAGAGGCUCCUGUCAAAGAUAUUACUACAACACAAGAACAGGAACUUGCCAGCGGUUUACCUAUGGAUGCUGUGGGGGAAAUGCGAACAAUUUUCAAUCAAGAGGACUCUGUAAUAGGGUUUGCAGGAAUAGAGUCUGUCCAGCGAUAGCCUGCCUAAUUGGAGCAUGUACUAUUCAAAAGUGCCCGGCGUAUCCUCAGGCCACCUGCGUAGCUGUGUGUCCCUGCACGUCUGUUUGGAUAUAUAACGGAGAAGACGUCACAGACCGCUGUAACAACAGGGGCUAAUCAGCGCACAGGAAAACAUGGCGCGAAAUUUGAAAAAAUAAAAAAAUAAAAGUCUCAUCAUUCAA